UGAACUGGCCGAGUUUGUACAGCUGAAAGCUGAAAGACUGGUUGUGUUUGUGGUUAGAGGGAAAUAAUGAUAGCAUGAGGAAGUUUCAUGGAGCAUAUGAGAAAACCUGAACAACAACAACAGGAGAAACCACUGUUUCUCUCCUCCCACAAUAGUUUGGACACUUGCAACCGUAACAAUAGAGCCACUUGUGCUUAGUAACUUACCAUUACACUAUCAGACCUGAAUGAACAAAGGAGGGGGGAAAGAAAUACAUUAUUUCAAAAGAGUAAGUAGUUAGUCUUGAAAGCUUUCCCUUUUAUCUGUAUGAGCUUUUGUUUCUCCAGGCAGGUGAGCUUCACCCUUGUCUUUUUUCUGGGAGAUUAGGUUUGGGUUGUUGGAAACUACUGGAGAAAAAGCCAUGAGCUACUCAGACUGGAUGUCGCAACUGCCAGCUGAGCUUCACACCACCCCUCUGUUUAAACUGGCCAUACCAGGCAGCCAUGACUCCAUGAGUUACGACCUGGACGUCCACUCCCGAAUCAUCGAGCCUAAGAGACUGAUAAGAUUCAGCAGAAUUUAUUGCCUGCGUAAAGUAGUGCAGAUAUGGGCCGCCACUCAGGAGGUGAGCAUCACUGAGCAGCUGAAUGCUGGAGUUCGCUACUUUGACCUUAGGAUCGCUCGCAAGCCAAACGACACUGACCCCACCAGGCUCUACUUUCACCAUGGGCUGUACACACGGACGGAUGUGGAGACUAUACUCAGGGAAAUAAACGUUUGGGCGGAGAGUCAUCGUAAAGAAGUCGUCAUCUUGUCUUUAUCCCACUUUGAGGGAUUUGACAAAAAGAUUGCCUCACCACUUCACCAACACCUCAUCAACUUCAUCAAAGAGGUGUUUGGAGCCAAACUCCUACUGAAGACAAACACUCCGACCCUGAAGGGCUGCUGGAAUGAAGGGAAAAAUGUAAUAGUUUCAUACGACCACCCGUCGUAUAGUCACUCUUUUAACUUCUUAUGGAGGAAGAUAACGUAUUACUAUGGCAACAGUAUGGACCGUACACAAAUUACAGCCAAACUCUGUCAAGGUCUGGAAAAGGAGAAGUCUGCCAAGUAUUUCUUUGUCUGUGGCUUGAAUCCGACGCUACCGCACAGUCCCAGCAUCCUCAAGUACAUCCUUCGCAUUUGCGACAACUUCACCAACGUGGCGCGGAGGGGGCUGCCAAAGAUGCUACGAUGGGUGAAGCAGCAAUACAGCAAGACGCCGAUGAACAUUGUCGCCUCAGACGUGGUGACUCGAGGCAAUUUCGUGGCCACGAUUGUGAAGCUCAACCUGGAGAAAAGACAAUGAAAACAUGUCCGUCUCGUUUCUGUUGAAGAUCCAUGUUAAUAUUUUUUUGUAAAUGGAAGUAAUUUGACAGUUUAUUCCUUAAUUAUUUCUACUCGUUUGUAUCUAUUCUUAAGUGACAAAACAAUAAAGCAAAAAUCUUUGAGUAAAUGUGCCUUAGGCAAAGCAACAUAGAAAAUUUGCAGGGUUCCUAAAUGUUUUUCAUAUAAAUUACAUAAUUAUCCAGUCUAGUUUCAAGCGUUCUCAGUUCUGAGACAGACAGAUAUACAAACAGACAAACAAACAAAACAAAAACACUGAAAGAAUGCACUUGGGAUUCAUGGUAUUUCUAUGGCAGAAACCUGCCAAUGCCAGAAAAUGGAAGGAAGGAGGGAUAGGGAGGACAGAAGUAAUAGAAGGAAGGACUAAUUAAAGAGAGGGUGGACAGACAGAAAGAAAGAAAGAAAGAAAGAAAGAA